CUUGUGGGGCUGGGAAAGGAACCGUGCAGACAUCCUGCUUUGCGCCAGUUAAAGGGAAAGCCAGCGAGAGGGACACAGGGAGACGGCGGCUGCUUCCCCAUCCCAGGCAGAAGCAGAGCAGCGGCUCGCGGGGAGCCCGUUUUGCACUCACGGGGUGUCUGGAAGGUACCCAGUGGUUGUGGCAGGGACUGUGAGUGGAUAGAAGCCCUAGUCUGGGACUCAGGACACUUGGGUUCUGUUCUCUUCUAGUGACCUGCUGUGUGUCCUUGGGAGAACCACUCGCCAGGACUGAGGGGGAUAAAAAGAAGUUAAGGGACAUUCAGGAGGAGCAAAUCGAUUUUUAACAGGAUCACGUCUGAAUUAAAUGGCUGAUAAACAGAUCAGUAGCACUUAGAGUUCCCGAAGGCAGUAAGGGCUGUGCAUACACACGAGGCAAUAGGAGAGUACAUGUAAACGCAGAAUGCGGGCUGAAGUUCAGCUGAAAAUCUGGCGCCAAGAGAGCAGCUCUGCUCUGCAACGUUGAGUGCCCUUCCAGAAUGGCACUGUAUUGUCCCGUACAAAAAGCGCCAAGAAAUGGUUCAGGUUCACCCGUCUGAUCUAUGGGGUGAAAGUUUACCUGCCAAGCUGAUCAAUGGAGGGAUAGCUGGGCUGAUUGGAGUCACCUGUGUAUUUCCCAUUGACUUGGCGAAAACUCGCCUGCAGAACCAGCAAAAUGGCCAGCGGAUGUACACCAGCAUGUCUGACUGCCUCAUUAAGACAAUCCGCUCGGAAGGUUACUUCGGCAUGUACAGAGGGGCUGCGGUGAACCUGACUCUAGUGACACCAGAAAAGGCCAUCAAGCUAGCGGCCAAUGACUUCUUCCGGUAUCGUCUCUCCAAAGAUGGGAAGAAGCUGACGCUGCUGAAGGAGAUGCUGGCCGGCUGCGGGGCGGGCACCUGCCAGGUGAUUGUCACCACUCCCAUGGAGAUGCUCAAAAUCCAGCUGCAGGAUGCAGGCCGAAUUGAGGCCCAGAAGAAGCUAAUGGCAGCACAAGCCCAGCUCUCCUCCACCACUAGUGCUGGGGCAGCGGAGUCGGUGGUGGAGACACGGACCACGGCGACGCAAAUCACCAGGGAACUACUUCGGAGCAAAGGCAUCGCGGGGCUUUACAAGGGCCUUGGGGCCACGCUGCUAAGAGACGUCCCGUUUUCCAUCGUUUACUUCCCGUUGUUUGCGAACCUGAACAAGCUGGGCCAGAAGAGCCCUGACGUCAAGGCCCCAUUCUACGUGUCCUUCCUGUCCGGGUGCCUGGCGGGCAGCACGGCAGCAGUGGCUGUGAAUCCGUGUGAUGUAAUCAAGACAAGGCUGCAGUCCUUGAAAAGGGGAGUGAAUGAAGACACAUACUCAGGAAUCCUAGACUGCACCAGGAAAAUCUGGCAGAAGGAAGGGCCCCUGGCCUUCCUGAAGGGGGCGUACUGCAGAGCCUUGGUCAUUGCCCCACUCUUCGGCAUCGCACAAGUCAUCUAUUUCAUAGGCAUCGCAGAAUUCUUCCUAGACAUGCUUCCGAAGCGCCGGGAUUAACCCUCGCGCGCACUCGCUGCUGGUCAGAAUUCAUCCAGCAUUCGUCGUUGAUGGUGUCCGAGCAACAGCAUAAAGGGUUAAAGCAGCAACCUUCAGGGUGAAGGUCGUCUCCAAACAAAGUCCUUUCCACCUCUCUAUAUGCCCCCACCCGAUCCAGCCCUCCAGGACAAUACUUAAUUAUGCAUAUCUAUUAUUUUUAAUUGACAUUCUUAAAGACACUGGUUAGCACAGACUGGGCUCACAGUCCCCGGACUUUCUCCCAGCAGUGUGUGGGGGGGAAGAAACCGACCACACCCUCUGAAUUACCAGGUAGUCAAAAAAGGAGCAAAAGAACCAGACUUUGUUUCCCCCAGUCGCUCUUCUGGUGUGCCAGGCUUCUGGGAAGACAAGGCCCCAGCACACCUUCUAAAGGGGGACCCAUAUUGUCAAUAGAGGAAGCAGGUAGAUGCCAGAAUCAAAAAGUUUCUUUAUAAGGACUUGUCCUGAAACCCCCUUAAAAUCAGCUGGACUUGGAUGAACUUCUUGGAGAUCAGAGGAGGGGGAAGGUGGUUUAUUUUAUUUUAAUCAAAGGGACUUCCCUCCUAAAUAGGGGCCAUGGGGCCUGUGGGGGGGGGGGAGAUAUACGCUGCACGUAUUUGCAACGCGUCUGCUCUGAAAGAGUAUGUCCGUGGGAUCGUGUGUGAAUAGCUUCAGGUGCAUCAGUGUUUAGCUACGAGCUACAGGCAGGAGAGGGGAGAAUUUAAUGACAUGGGAUCAACUUUUUAUUUAUACAGGAAAAACAAAUCCAAUUAUAUUCCUUAAAUUAGCCCAGCUCUGAUGUGUCAAGCAGUUACUCUACCCAGAGUACUGGUUGUGUGUGUCUUUUGGCCUGUCUCUAAGAUGUGUUCCUCUCCUUUCCUGUGGUUGUUUGCACUUGCAAAGGGUCACUUAAAAAGAUGGUCUCAGAGUCAGGCCUUUUGGUUAAAGAUCAGAAUAGGCCACAUCCUCGGCUGGUUGAAAUGGUCGUAGAUCCUUUGACGUCCGUGAGCUCUUGAAAUCAGCGGGACUAUGAUAGUUUACACCAACUGAGGAUCUGGCUCAAUGUCCUUGGGGAUUGAGUUGCCAACUUCUUUAUCCAGACCAAAAUUGGGAUGUGGAAAAGAAAUGAGGCCAGGGCAUCUGUUUUAUUUCCACAGGGACCUAAUUCCAUAUGAUUUGCCUCUCAAAGGCCAGGUCUGGUUUUGCUAUGAUGUUUUCUCUGAAAUACAUACAGAGAGGCAGUAUGACUCCAGUUGGAUCCACGCCGGCACAAGAGCCUGCCUGUGUGCGUCCAGUUGUGGGAUUGAGGAAGAUAGCCAGACUUACUGCUCACUUUGGGGAGGUGGUCAUUGACUGGAUAACAGGCUGGCAACCCUAGACAUGUGCAAAUUCUGUUAAAGGGACACUAAUGUUUUUAAAAAAAACCAAACCUUUUCUUUAUCUAUAUUCACAAUAUCACUUUGAAUUGUCACAAGGGAAAGAACUGAAAAUCUAAUUUGCUUUAUUAUUGCACUUCAUUCCAUUUCAACAUGUAAACUAAACGAGUCAGUUUCACUUUCUGCUUCCCCAUCACUAGCAUCAUGGUGCUGUUUGUGUUUCAGACACAACAGAUGAAGAAUAAGUAAAACAAACAGUUGAAAUCUUUGUGUAUUUCAACACUCUCUUUAUUUAGGUUUUGUAAAACUUUUUCUUUGUAAAACCAAAAUUGGAGGCCAAUUGUCCUGAUCAUGUACCUUUAAUGUAAAGGAGGUUGUUACACAGCUAAGUUCUUACUUUUGCCUAUGUGAGACAUAAAAAAUGACUCUAUCUAUGUAGAGAAGGGAAUCUGCAUAGAUGACCUCUCUAUUCAUAACAAUCUUUUGUGAUCAGUACGAUGAUGCUUGUGUCACUCUGGAUUUUUCUGAGUUGCACUUAAAGAAAAGUUUUUCUUUUUCUUCCAUAGGGUGACUCUUCUCCUGCUUUAUGAUAUAUAAUGAAGGCCUGAAAGGUGUAGGAAGUUGUUGGUGGUGGUUGUUGUUGUGUUUUUUUUUUCCCUGCUUGAUUUUUUGCGUGCAAGAUUCAGAUCCCCGUCUAGUCUGGAAGAGUGAUGGUAGGAGAGCUGGUGAAAUGGUGGUGUCCCACGAGAGUGAAAGUUGGACAGUUGAUAAGAGAGGAUUUCUAGUCACUAGUUCAAACUUUUUUUCUUUGUGUUAACCCCUAUUUAAUGUUAACGACUAACUUACAUUUUGGAGAAAGGAAGGUUUUGUUUAACCCCGUCAAUUAUGGUAUGAGAGCGCAGACUAACAUCCCACUCGCUUCCCAGAUGUCAUCCAGCAAGACCAGGGAAACCCAAGAGCUGAAAUUCCUUAUAUUUAAAAGGUGAAGAGCAAGUGACCUUCUCCUCCUCUUUAAAAACAGGCCUUCUCUAUACAUCAUAAAGAAUCCAAAAGGAACACCAGUCUCAUUUUUUGAACAGUCCUUUGCCUUUCUUGACAAAAUUUUAAUGUUCAAAUAGUGAUUUUCCCCCUCUCCCCCCCCCCAUAUAUUAUUGUGUAUGAGACUUACAAUUUGGGGUUAAAAAUACAUUGCCAGUAAACAUUUGUCAGAAGGAAAUGAAGAGCUCCGUGGCAAAUACAGGUUUGAAGCAGCCUCUCUCCCUAAGAUAUGCUGCUCUUAUUAUGGAUAUCUGUGCUCCCAGCUGUCUGCUUUGCUCCCAUUUGGGUUCACACUGCGAUGUGGACCAGCAAUGUUGUUGCCAUGGUUAUUGGGCACAGAAAAGGACCUGGAAAAUGCUGCUUUAUGGCCUCCGACAAAGAUCCAUGGAAAUAUCCCUUCCUUUCUCCCCUCUUCCCCCCUUCCUCCCCAACCCGGUUUUUAUUUUUAAAUUUCAGCAGAAUGAUUGCACACAGUGAGCCCUGUGCGGUAUGUCAGCGCGAGGCCUUUGUGAGCUGAAGUUCUUGGUGCUGACGAACUUGCACUGCUCCAGCCUAGUGAGGAGUCAUCUUUAGUGCCUAGAGACUUCAGAAUUUUACAGGUCUGUCCUUAAAUCAGGAGCAAUUGCAUCUGCUUGAGACCUGGAAUUUCAAAGGGGGGCCCCUGACGUUGCUGCAGUAACUGUCUCUAGCUGGUGACCCUGCAACCCAUCAAGUCAGAAACUCUUACGUUAACAUUUAAUAAACCCCUCCUCCUCCCCCGCCCGGCUAAGCCCUGUCCCUUCCUGGCAGGGCUGCCUGGUGCCACCCAUGAAUGCUGCAGGUGCCUCUGUUUGUUCUGAUAAUUCCAGCUGUGGAGGGGAGCGGUCAGUGUUGGUAUUGGCAGCUGUAGCCCAUUGAUUACAGUGGAAUCAGCUGCACUGGUGUAGAUCGUGGGUAUGCUAGGGCUUGGCAGCAGUGGUUAAUAUCCCCAUGUGAACAAGGCCUUAGUGCAGCUCUAGAGACCAAACUGUAGAAGUUUCCAUUUAACAGAAGCGUGACUCCCUGUUAGUUCCGUACACCUUGCCCCACCCCCUUCACACUGGGCAUUACCAAAAGGGCCAGCACUUCCUUGCAGGUGGUGUAGAUAGGGCCAUUGGGGAACUGCAGUGCUCAAUGACUAGCUAACACCCUAUGGUCACCUUGCCAAGCCCAAGUGCAGAACCCACCCCUGUUAAGGGCCUGAGCCUGGAUUAAUAGCAGGCAGGAGUGCAGUUCCCAUCCCUGCAAAACUUUGCCUGAAGGAGGAGAGCAGGAUCAGGGUAAAGAGAGUUCAAAGUGAGUCCUGUAUCUUCAUUCCAGUGUCAGAUCGAGUACCAACCUAUGACCCAGCAGGGAGCUUGCAGGCCCACGUCUCACAGGGUUUUCAGAACAUGCCCAAACCCUCUGGAAGCCAGGAAUGUUGGGUUUAUACCCAAAUCCCCUUUUCACUGGCUUCAUGAACCCAGCAAAGCAUGUCUGGCACCAUUGUUGUAUCGGUGUGCGCGCUACAGCUUUCAGCAGUGUGUUCUGCCUGUUGGGGAGGGAGAGGCCUGGGAAAGGGUUUGAGACCAGUACAGGGGAGGGGAGACUCUUUAAAAUGUAUUUAAUGCUGUAUGUUUAAAAGGACCUGCUCACAUCCGUGUUUCCCUGGAGAUCGUCUCCUGUCACUCCAACAGUGGAGGACUAGAAUGCAGAAAUGCUGAUGGUUUUUUUUUCUGCAUGGGAAAGAGGCGAUCUAUUUCCCAUGACCCCCCUGACUUUAUUUCCUGGUGAUUCUGCUGGCAACUGCUGUUCUGGUUGGGAACUUGAUUUGAGUUUGCAACACUGGCUGGCUCAGGGGCUCAAACAGAGGCACACUAGUGUGUUGAAGCUGAAUGCUCCUAAAGAGAUUACCUGUUGCAAGAGGGAGAUCAGUGUCUGUGAUGAUUAAACCUAAAAAUUGAUUCCUUGGAACAACCUCUUGAAGAUUCCAAGGGGGUGUUAAACCUCUGAUACUGGUGUUUCUGUGGAAUAUGCUUGUGCGCGGGCAUAGAAUGCCCAGCCUGUUACUUUUAUAGGACGUGCCUGCUAUUGUCCCUUUCUGAUAUGAUAUGCACUUCCAGGUCCAUGUGAGCUGCACCGUGAGUCAUCUUUAGUUUGUUUCUUUCCAUCUCAGAAACAGGAAGACUAAAAUUUUCAGAAGUGACCUCUGAUUUUGGCUGCUCGGUCCUUGGGUGCCCAACCUCAGGUGCUUUGGGCCUGAGUUUUUUGGAAGAGCUGAGCACCCCAAAUUCUAAUUGAAGUCAGGGGUGUUCGGUGCCUCUGGAAAUUUGGCUCACGACAUCUCAAAGUAGGCACCUAAAAUCAGGCUACUUUUGGAAAUGUUGGUCCUAAAUUUAUAACUAAUAGACGUGGCUGGGAUCCUGACAGCCAAGACUUUGACUUGGGACCCCAUCAACAAAAGCCAGUGUUUAGACCUAGCAGUUUUGAGUAUUUCCCUUGCAGAGGUCUCAGAGUAGCUAAGAGGUGGUGUGGGAGACACAGAAAUAAUUUAGUCUCUCAAAAUGCAGACUCACCUGGCCAGAGCUUUAAUGAGCAUCCUGCAGGCUAAGCUGACUGGUAAUUGUGACUCUCCUAGGAGAUCGGACACUGUCCUCACCAUUAGGAGUUCCUGGAGUCAGCAGGAAAAGGGUCUCCAUGGUAGGGGAAGAGGAAAAGCAUGAUGUGUGGACCAGUGCUAGUGAUCAGCAAGAUAACUUGCAUUUUGAGGUGGUGCUUUGACAUGGAUUUCUGCUCCUUUUAACUGCCUUGUUGUGGCCCAUGAUCGAGGGUGCCUGUGGCUUUUCCAAAUAGCUUUUGGGAGCGCUAGUUGCUGAUCACCUAGCUGUGUAUGCAUGCAGAGCCUCGUGCCCCAUGAUACUCUACUUCAGGUGCUUUGUUGGAACGGGGACCCAUGGAUGUCCCAAUGUCUGCCCUAAGCCUUGCAGUAGGGGCCAAGGGGUUUGGCCUAUCAGGACACAAUUACAAAAUCCAAAGGCAAACGUGAGGGCAUUGGCUCCAAAAACCUCUGUGCCAAGAUCUGUAGUCCAGGUCUAUUACCUCUUUGUUCCACUACAGUGACCUUUUGUAGUGCCUGCAGCAGUAGGAGUCUGUCAGGCUGCCUUUACCAUCCAGCUCUGCCUGUGGCUUACCCCACAAGGGCUGUCUACACUGGAGAAAUUGUCUAACCAGUUCAGCUAGACCAACUUUUUUUUAUGAAAUAGUCAGGAACCAUUGCAUAGCCCUGGACUGAAGCAGUUAAGGCAGCCCGACCCAGUUAGAAGGCCAAGUGGUCAAGGCUACUGCUCUGAUCGGUUUUAAAACCGAUUUAGCUGUACUGACUUAAAAGCAGUUAGCAAAUCUGCCCAAUGUAGACAGGCCCCUAAUGCCAGGCAGUGUAAGAUCCUUGCAGUUCAGUGAAUCAUUGAAGGCCAGAAUCCCACGACAUAUGGAAAAACAAAGCAGAGGUCACAGCAUUACAGUGGCUGAAUGCUUCAGUUUCCAUCAACUGUGGCCACUGCAACAGUCGUAGCUUCAUUGUAUACAGUUCAUCUGCGUGAUGUGCCCUGAGCAUAGGCAUCUUGAACAGAUUAGUCGUCUUUGUCAGUAGACUUUUUAGACUAAAUGAUAGAAUCAGGUGAGGUGGUUUGUAACUGACCCGUAAGGGUGAGUGAGUGUUGUGUAGUGGCUAAUCACAGGAAUGGGAGAUGGGAAUUCUGGGAUCCACCUGGCUCUGCUGCUAAUUCAAGUGCCCCAGUGAGAUGGGGAAGAAUCCUUGCCUACCUUGCAGACGUGGUGAGGCUUAAUCCAUUUGUCUCUUGAGAGCAUCGGCUGGAAGGUACUACAGAAUGCAGCUUACGGGUAUUAUAAGAAGGGUUGACUGUUCUUCAAAUAUGAAUUGAACUGAGCAUUCAGGCCCAAUUAAAUAACAUGGAUUCAUGUGUCUUGGGGAAACCUGACCGUAUGCAAGAACGAUAAUGUGAUAGCCAGAAUGGAGCCAUGCUAAUUUUACAUCAGCUGAGGAUCUGGCCUUUUCUGCCUUGUGCAUGUUAAUUGCAAAGUAAUAAUUUUUUUUUUGUUUUAAAUCUGCAAUAUGUAGCCACUGCUCCGUCUGGAUGUACGGAUUGUUUGCAAUAGGUUCUCUAAGUCACCGUAAUGAGACCAGCUGGGAUAUUCCACUCUAGCCUGAUGUUCACUUGUCCUUAAUCUCGUCCAUUCCUAACUAAUCAGAUGUACAGGGUGUGAAAUCUCUUGCAUUCCUGCAAAGUUCAGAGAGAGCAGAGCAAACUGUUGACCGGCCUGCAAAUAGUGCUGAUGCUUUUGGGAACCUCAGGCUGUCUAUGGGCUUUUGUAGGACGUGUGUGCUGUUGUCCCCAAUGGACUUUGUGAGGCAUGUGACACGUUACAUUUGUGUUUUGUUGUGCACUCACCAAAAAGGAGCCAUUGGCUUUUUUUUUUUUUUUUAAGCAGCCACAUGAGUGCAGGUUAAUAACAAACUGAGGCCAUGGUACAUGGCACGUGAACAGGAACUGGAAGAGGCACCGAGAAAAUUGGAGGUGGGGGGCAGUCAUGGGGCUUGAGUCUGGUGAUGGUAGAAAAGGUUUUUUUUGGAGGAUGGGGAUGGGGAGUGGCUACAGAAGGAUUCUGAUGUUCAGUGGCACUUGGUACCUGCCGUUCCCAUUAACUCUAAGGUUGAAGGUUCAGCACUAGAGCUGGUCAGAAUGGGCUUUUUUUCCCCAUGGAAAAUUGAGACUUUUUAGUCGGAGUGGGGGGGAAGGGACAAAAUACUUUGGUUUGAAAAUGUUGCCAUGGUGCCUCAUGGGAGUCAUAGUUUGAGUGCCUCCUCAUGGUAAGGCGAACUGGGUGCAUCAUAGGAGCCCUUGGCCAGGGUACAUCAUGGGAGAUGUAGUAUGGCUGAAGAGCCUGGCUCACAGAGGAGAAAGGGGACAUGAGGAAAUCAAACUACAGCUCCAUGAGGCACCAUGCCAGCAUACCCGAACUGAAAUGUUUUCUUCUUUGGAUGAAAUAGUUAGAUUUGGGGGCCUUUUAUUUUAUUUUUUACAAAAUGAUUAAAUUUUCCAUGGACACUUAGUGAAAAACUUUGUGUUUGGGGUGUGUGGUGGUGGUGGUGGUUUGUGUGUUUUUAUGGAAAACUUUUGAUCAGCUCUAUUCAGCCUCUCUGAAAAUGAGGCCCAUAGAAGCUGGGGGAGUCUGUGAAAACUUAUGAUUGAAAGAGGGGAGUAGUGAAUACAAGGGCACAAGGAGAGAAGUAAAGGGGGCAUUGUGUGGAAGGGACCUGAUGGCGGUUGGUGGGGGGAAUCUGGAGGGAGUAUAUAACAUGGCACAGGGGAGCUGAAACGAGGGGAUCUGCAGAAGAGACUCUGCACAGAGAGGAGGAGGACUGGCUAUACAGCCUGAGAGGAGGUGUAUAGAAGGGACUAAAAAGACAUGACUCUGAAGAAGCCUUUGCUAUAGCAGCCAAGGGUUUGAUCCUGCCAACACUGGGGAGUGGCAAAGCUUGUGUUGAUGGGUUCAGGCUUGAGGGCCAGAUGCACUGUGUUGUUGGUUCUCUCCUGCUCCUGGAUGUUUUGCCUAUGGUUUCUGUGGGUGCCAGAGUAGGCCCUUUAUCUUCUGUCAAACAGCACAGUGCCCAGUUACCACACUGACAUGAGCUCUGCGGGCAAACAGGAAGGGAGUGGAGGCCCAAUGCUGCUUCAGUAAGCACAACUUCCACAUGAGGGGGACACAUCUAGGAAGCUCUACUUCGGUACUGAUGAUCCUAGGGACCGGAGCCUGACAAGAAGCAGCAAGGGCAGGUACAAAGGCUUUCACUAAAUGGACCCCUCAAAGGAUAACCCGUCUUACCCUGGCACGUGUGUGAGGGAAGCAGGCUGGCACAAGAGAAGGGGAUGUUUUGCUGUACAUCUCUAGGAUGGGGUGAGCUAUACUAUCAAUGUAGGUUUGUGUGCAGCGGAAGACCUUUUUCCUCAAGUUACUCAUACGCCAUAACCUAUUUGGAAUAUUUCGGGGCUCAGUGAUAGGAGGUCUCGCCCACGAGCAAGAGGGUCUGGAUUUCUAUUCAGUGUAUUGCUAGCUUACAUGGACUGUAUAUUUUGUGCUACAAUUGACUGUUGCCUAUGCUCAUCCCUCUCUGAGCCUGGAGUCCACUAUCGGAAUCCGCCACAUCACAGGAAGGAGCCGUAGGCCGUGUGUGUUGGGGGUCGGGGGGUGUAUGAGUGUGUGUUUUGGAUUCACUUUUCUCCCUCCUACAGCUUGAUUCUCCCUGACUCAUGCUUUGGUGUGGAAGGGGCGCCGUCCUUCUCCCAUUUUCAUGGCUUUUGGGGACCAUGUUGAGCCUCAGGUGAAGGUGACUAACGUGAUACCUGGAAUGAUACCCUGGGUUCCGUGACCUUUCGGCCCUGCAGGCGUGGCCUCCACUAAGGUGACAGUAAAAAUUGAGCUCCAAAGCUGCCUUUUGAGGAACGCUGCGGGUAAACAGGGGACUCCAUCCUCCAGAGCUGUCAACCUGGCACCUGGCCCCAGAAGAAUUAACUAAGCCAGACACAAAAUGCUUUCUGGUUCAGAGUAGAAUUGAUUUCUCUCAGGAACUGGAGCAGACUCCUGUUUCCAUGGAAACAGGACUUCACUCCCUCCUACCCUACUGUAUGUGCCAUGCACUAAGCUCUUUGAGGCAAGCCUAUUUGUUUCUUAAGAAUCGGGGACCUCAACAAAAUGUCCUGUACCUUGUGUGUGCGGUUGUGCCUGAGGGACAGCAGAAGUGCUGCUGCCCUUGGUAUCUGGAGCAAAUAUUUUGAAUGAGGGUGUGCGCAGCAGGCUCAGAUAUUUGGAGUCCUCUUCCCCAAAAACCUUCAUGCUAAAUGUGCUCCAUUCUCUGACUGGCUGUCCAAGAGUCUGUAUGCUUCUGAGCUAGAGCACAAACCCUCUGGAGAGAGACUGCUCCCUCUGGACAGUUCAGUCUGUUUAAUAUCAGCCAGAGGCUGCUCUAGAGUUGCAAUUCUAGAAGGGAAGCAGCGAGUCCUGAGACUAUCAUUUAAAGGCGCAACUGCAUCACAGCCUUUUCUGGAGACUAAUAACAGUGGGUCUUUAAUUUCUUCAGAGAAGAAAUGUUGUUCCCAUACUAUUCUGGCCCUGUCACACUCUUCAUUCCUGGAUCCUACAAACACUGGAAAAUGCCAUUGAUGAAGGUACAAUUAAAGAAAACCACUGCCACACAAAGCCAGUGGUUUGCAUGUGUCCAUUUGUGUGUGGUGACCUUCCCUGAAAAGUGCUAGACAUCCCACCGUUGCUUCAGACAGUUUGGGAGGCAAGGGGUGGUCUGAUCAUUGGUCCAAGAGCCAGGAAUUUAUAAACUGCUCUGACACUUCCCUCCCUCUGUGAUCUUGGUCAGGUCACUUAAACUUGCUGCCUCCCCUUUUUUUCCAUUGGUAAAAUAGAUCAUUUCUCCGACCCCACAGUUGAGACUGAAUUAGCUUCUGUUUGGAAAGUGCUGCCUACAAGUGCAAAGUGUUGCUGUUCCUAGACUAGACUGAGACGAGGCAGGCUUGGGAUUUGCUAUAAUGGAGCGAUCCAUAAAAAGCUGGAAAAACAUGACUAUUCUUGACAAAAACUAGAUACCUGGCAAAUCAGGAGUAGGCCGGACAGUGACAUGGGUGCAGGGCACAAAUUGUAAGGCCUCAUCCAAAGCCUGUUGUAGUCCCUGGAAAGACUCCCGCCAAAUACAAUGGGCUUUGGAUCAAACCCGUGUGGGAGAAAGGAAGGGAUAUUUUCCUUGCUGAAAUAAAGUAAUGACAUGAGCAAAUCCAAGGAGAGGAUGUGCAAGACAAGCAUGCCUUUGGUUAGACACUUUUCCUUUGGCCCUGCUUGUGCCUGGAAGGCUUUCCUAUCCCUUGCAGCAAUCCAGGCACAUGGCACACAUCCACUUCAUGCACAGUAGAUGCGUCCAAUGAACGGGAGGUGAAGGUAUGUGCAAAGGCAGAAUGUACCCGCACACAGCUGGCCAAAUCUGUGUGCACGCUUUGUGUAUGUGUCAGGGUUUGCACAGCUCUGCACUGUAUUUUGUGUGUGUGUGUGUGUGUGUGUUGUUCUUUUUUCUCUCUUUUUUUUUUUGUUCUGACCUUUCCCCCCCACCUUGGAAGGGAAAGCUGAACACGUGAUCCUUCCAAAGCCCACUGAAGUCCAUGAGAGUCCUUCCAUUGUCUUGACUGGGCAUUGGACAGCGCUAAGGGCACCAGCAGCAUAAAAUCCCCCUCUGUUUGCAUCACCCGUCUUUCCUCCCCAAAUGUGGUCCUCUAUGUGGCGUCGCAGUGAUGAAGUGAACGAGCUGUAGAGUGCAUUGUUGGUGUCUGUGGCUUGGUGUCCAAGGUUCUAUCUGCUGCUCCUGAGGCAUUAAGGGAGUCGAGCUGUGAAAUUUGUCGUUGCCCAAUUUGCUAAUAUUUGCUGUUUUAUGCUAGGUUCUUGUCAAGUUUGGCAUUCCCAAUGCUGGCAUGAUUCCGUGCUGUUCUGAGCGCGCCCUGGGACCUUCUACUAAUGAAGAGCUCGUCUUCUCAUUUCCAGUUCUCUUUAUUUUCUUGGUGUAGUUCUUGAGCAGUAGCUAAUCAGGAACAUGGAAAAGACCAAUAGAUCCCCAUGUAACUUAUCCCAUUCAGCAACACUAAUCUUAGUUAAGAGUGUUUUGACUGAUUGGACUAUUUUCUGUGUAAAUUUAUUUAUUUCUUGGUGUUUUUAAAAGGGGGAGACCCACAUUCCAUCAUUUUAAAACCCAGCUGGUUCAGUUCCAUGUUCCGUGUAGUAAUGUUUGACCAUUACAUGUGUGUAUUAAACUUUUGCAGUUCUCUUCAAUGCGUACAGUCCUCGACUUUUGGUGGUUUUUCAAUAACACCAUAUAACAUUGUAUCCUGUUACUGUAGGAUCCUGGGCCAUACCUGUACUGUUUUAAAAACUGCUGCUUUAAGGGGGAGAAUUUUUUUUUUCCUAUUUGAAGUUUUUAAAAAUAUUGUAAUUUUGUGUGUGUAUUGUCUUGUAAAAUAAAUAUUCUAAAUAUAA